UUAUAUUAAAUUUAAAAUAGGGCUUAUUGCUGACGAGCUGGUGAAUUUUUUUUCACUAAACCAGUGAAAGUUAGGCUUAACGUGAAGGACCGGUGUAUUGUUUACAAUGCCCCAAAAGUCUAAAUAGAAUAUGUUAGAAAGGUUCUGCGUAAAGACAGCUUCUGUGCAUUGUGUGUUAUGAAAAUAAAUUUUGAAGAUUUUAUAACAUACACAUUUCAUUUUGAUGAUAUUAUCAGAAAGUUAAUGUUUAGCAAAGGCAGUGGAUAUCAUCUAAGUCUUGAACCAUGUUUCAGCAUUAACUCUCUAUUUAGACUCAUGAACAGUCGACGGCAGUUCUUUCAUUUUAUACCCCCCAUAGCUCAUUUGAGGACAAAUAGCAAUGGACUUGAACAAGGUAAUGGCACUCAACAAGCUGCAAACCAACAGGCCCACUUCCUUUACAUGCCACAACUUAGCACUGUUUCCGGCAUGGGUCCUCAUAGGUGGAUAAAUAAUCACAGGUUUGGAUCAGUUGAUGGCUUACAUUUAUUGAUGCAGUAUUGCUCUUUCCAGCAGCCCCUUAUUCAACAGACCCAUUUCUCACGUUUUCCACAAACUAACACUUCUGUUGCUAUGGAUACAAACGUUGAAGCUACACGUGAUCUUACUAAAUCAGGAAGGAAAAGACAUUUUGAUGAUAACAUAAACUCUGUGACCUCAGUUUCUGUACAGAAUCAUCAAGGUCAGUUGCAUGAUUUGAAUUUAUUAAGCAGUUCCCAAAUAGUGUUAAAUGAUUCUGAAGGACAAACAUUUACAGGAGAACAGUUGCAGAGUUGUAAAACCAGCAGGGCAGAGGAUGCAGUAAAUUCUGAAGAUGACCAGUAUGAAUUUCAUAGAGAACAAGCAGCUAUAAAAAAUUAUGUUUUAAGGCAUCGUACUUGGCAGUACACCAAACCAAAAGAAGGAUGUGACAACACUGGUUUGGAGUUUAGCGUGAUGUCCUACAAUGUCUUGGCUCAGCAGCUUCUGUAUGACAAUUUGACCUUGUACAGACACUGUAACGAGCACAUCUUGAAAUGGGAAGUUCGUAGCCAGAACUUAAUACAAGAAAUAAAAGAAUCAAAUGCCUCGAUUUUAUGCCUUCAAGAGGUUCAGCAGACACAUUAUGAAGGGUUUUUUGUGCCAGAACUGGAAAUAUUAGGUUACAAAGGAUUGUACAAAAAGAGGACUGGGUCUAAGAAUGAUGGUUGUGCAAUUUUCUUCCAGAAGAAACUCUUCUCUCUCGAGUCUUAUGAGACAGUAGAAUUUUAUAGGGAAAAUGUCAGAAGUCUUGAUCGGGAUAAUAUUGGACUGAUUGCCAUCCUUCGACCACAAGUAACGCACACUCAAAAUGACAUGAAGCUCGUUGUAGCCACGACUCAUCUGCUGUUUAAUCCUCGAAGAGGAGAUAUCAAACUUGGGCAGUUAAGGCUCUUACUUGCAGAAGUUGAUAAAUUUGCAUUUCGUGGAUUCACCCAAAAAUCCCAACAGCCAAUUUAUCAUCCAAUAAUACUGUGCGGCGAUAUGAACAGUAAGCCUUUCUCGCCGUUAUACAACUUCCUUGUCCAAGGGAGGCUAAGGUAUGAUGGAAUUUUAUCUGGAGAUGUUUCAGGGCAACCAGAAGGAAGUCACAGGGGGAGACCUAUUUUUCCAACUGAACUCGUUCAUCCUCUGCUGGGGAUAUCUGAAAAAUCUCAGUACCUUAAUAUUCAUAAAGAACGGAUGAAAAUAAAAUUGGCUGAAAGAAUGGAAGCUUUAUCGGGAGAAGAUAGAAAAAAACUUAUCUCUACAGAUCAAGCCAGCAUAAAAACAGAUGAAAAACUGGUUGAAGAUCAAGGCAGUGGUGGAGAGAGCUCUCUACAGACAUUCACACCAUCAGGAAGUAGAGAUUGUUGGACUGAUGAAGGUAGUUCUCCAGUUAAGGAAGGCUAUAACAAUUGUCGUCAACAAGGUAAAGACGUUGAGAUAAUAGACCAAUCAACUUCUUAUGAGAUGAUGGCAAAUUUACAAUCUGAUGUCUUACGUACUAGUUCUGUAGAAAGAGAGUCAAAUUUUGUAACUGACCAAGGUGAAAAAAACAAACACCCAGAAAUGCUACAACAACCUGAAAAAUCCAAAACACGUGAGAAAAAUGAAACAAGUGGAUUAAUUCGCCAUCGUUUAAAUCUUGUUUCUGUUUAUACACACAAAACUCCAUUUGGAGAGCCUGAAGUCACAACACAACAUUCAAAAGCUAACUGCACGGUAGAUUAUAUUUUUUAUUCCGUGAAGUACAAAAGUAAGAAUCAUUUAAAAGAGGGACCACUUCAGUUAUUAGGCUGGUGUAACUUACUCUCAGAAGCUCAAAUGAACUGUAUUGGCCUUCCUAACGCUUAUCAAGGAUCAGAUCAUUUGUCAUUAAUUGCAAAGUUUCGUUUAAAUAAGUAUUAACCAAACUAUUUAAAGUCAAAGAAGGUAUGCCAAGACCGAUAUCAUACAUAUUUUUACUACUGAUAGAAACAUGUUUAAAUCCGAUCCAAGUCAGGUCGUUAAUUACUGUAAUGUUUCUUAUUCUACUCUUAUUUUUAAAACUUAUUUCAGUCUUUUUAGCAGUGGCUUGUUUGGAUGGUGUCUUAUCACAGUACUGGGAUGGGGGGAAAAUGUGCAAUUGGUUGCAUGUGUGGUAUCUCUCCCAGUAGAAGCUUGGCAUCAAGUUAAAUCACUUGAAGAUUCUAUUCUGAUGCACUAAAAACUUUUCUCCUCCUUCCCCACCCAAAAAAAAAGGGUUACGAGUGAUUUGAUCAUAGAUGAAAAAGUAUUCAUUUUAUAAAGCCAUUAUUUACACAUAAAUAAGAAUUAAAUGUAAAACAAAUUAUAGAGCUUUUAAAACCAAACUAUAUAUUGCUUUAAUUGUUUAAUACGAGCAUUAAUUUUGCUUUUUAAAAAGUAUUCUCGGACAGAAUUAUUUAAUAUGCGAUACAAAAAUGGUAGUUAUUUGAAAACUAACAAUUUAAUUAAACGACAAGCUACAUUAGACAUUAAAGCUUUGUGACCUUAAUGUUUCAUUCGUGAUGUUAAGUAGACGUAGGAAUUAGAAACCAUUUAACCCUAGCACCUUCAAGAGUUGACGGGGAGGAAGAAAUGUCUAUUUUUUGAAAGUGCUCUGGUUAUAGAGUUUCGUAUUGUUGACAUAAAUGUGUCAAUAGUUUGAAGUUUUGUGCUGUGUAAGACUUGUUCAUGUAACCCCAGUUACGUGGUUUGUUGGUCAAUUUCAUGUUUAGUGUUAUUCCACGUGUAUAAUAAACACGAGUAUCUUGCAAGUAAAUCUCCCUGUACAGUUCAAGUUUAAUUAGACUUUUUAAACUUUUACGUAAGAUUAAAUGUAAGAAGAUGUACGUUGAAAUUGUAAAGAUCAAUGAGUUUGUUAAAACUAUUACUAUUGCUUUGGUAUGCAUUAUGCGUGUAUUUCAAGACCAUAUUCUGUUUCUACAAGAUUUUUUUCAAUAAAUAUAUGUAGGUUUCGUGAAA